AUGCCGGAUAAAUCGCCCUCUAUCAUCGAGGCGGCCAAGACUGACAUCGAGGAUGGGAAGGGAGUUCUAGAGCGGACGAGGUCCAUUACUUCUGACGGGAAAGGAAAUACGAUCGUUACCGACGAGGAUGGGGAGACUUUCGUCAUUGAUCAAAAGGCCGAAAGAGCUUUGUUGUGGCAAUUCGAUCUCAGGAUAUUACCAUUGCUAACGAUGAUGUACCUCUUCAACUCCCUGGACAAGGCCAAUUUGGGCAAUGCGAAGACCGCCGGACUUGAGAAGGACUUGGGAUUUGCUGGGACAAACAAAUGUGAGCAACACUAUCGGUGA